CCGUCGCCUGCUUGCGCUGCCUCCGUGGGGUCCGCGAGGGCCCGUUGUGGGGAGCAAGCGCUGCCUCUGGGCCCUGGUUCGGCUGUAGCGGGGGCAGGCGGACGUAUCGGCCGAAAGCCUCCGGCUCUCCCGCUGGUCUCCAGGCCGGGGCUCCGGAAAGACCUGCCGGCCGCUUAGCCUGAGCUGAGUUGCUGCUGGCGGAGUUCAACCGCUGCGCCUUAGAGGGUCGCUUUGGGUUUGCCUUGGUGUGACCUGUGAACCCUUCGGCUUCUCCUUACGGCCAAUUACGCCAUCAGCCACGGUUCAGAGAUCAGCAUUUAUUCAGGAGCGAUUCGGACUUAGCCCCAUUAUUUUGAAUGGUUUUAACUCCCGGGCUCUCCAAGUGUUGAUUUUAUACCAAAUUCAAGAAUUUCAGGAAAACAUUGUUCAUGGUUAAUUCUAUUGCACCUUUAUGGCAUUCUUGGAGCAUGCUCUUUAAAAACUCAGGUUCAUGCUGAGCUGAUAGUGGCUUCCCUGAAAAGUUAUUCAGCAGACACUGGGUGGAAACAGCAGGGCCUUUGGUGCUACCACCCCCGGGGGCAUGGGGGUGUGUGAUAAAAGCUACAUCAUCAUCAUCAUCAUCAUCAUCAGGCAGACUUUCAGGGUUGGACUGCUAUGGAAUAUGAUGAGAAGCUGGCCCGUUUCCGGCAGGGCCACCUCAACCCGUUCGACAAGGCCCCGCUGCAGAAUCGGCAGGAGCAGAAGACAGCCGGGGCUGGAGAGGGCUUUCCUCAGAAAGACGUGAAUCUGGGAUUGUCUCUGGAGGAGCCAGUGUUCCCUUGCUCAGAGCGCACCAUGGACCUGGGCUUGGCUGAGGACCAUUUCUCACGCCCAGUGGGCCUGUUCCUGGCCUCGGAUGUGGAGCAGCUGCGGCAGGCCAUCGAAGACUGGAAGCAGAGGAUCCUGGAGUUGCCAGAUAACUCCGAGAAGCAGAAGGACGCCGUGGUGCGGCUCAUCCACCUGCGGCUGCGGCUCCAGGAGCUGAAGGACCCCAGUGAGGAUGAGCCCAACAUCCGGGUGAUCCUGGAGCAUCGCUUCUACAAGGAGAAGAGCAAGGGAGUGAAGCAGACCUGUGACAAGUGCAGCACCGUCAUCUGGGGGCUGAUCCAGACCUGGUACACCUGCAUGGGCUGCUCCUAUCGCUGCCAUAGCAAAUGCCUGGACCUCAUCACCAAGCCAUGCGUGCGCUCCAAGGUCAGCCACCAGGCCGAGUACGAACUGAGCAUUUGCCCUGAGACGGGCCUGGACAGCCAGGACUACCGCUGUGCCGAGUGCCGGGCACCCAUCUCUCUCCGUGGGAUCGCAGGUGAGGCUCGGCAGUGUGACUACACAGGCCUCUAUUACUGCAGCAGCUGCCACUGGAAUGACCAAGCUGUCAUCCCCGCCAGGGUCAUCCACAACUGGGACUUUGAGCCCCGCAAGGUCUCUCGGUGUAGCAUGCGCUACUUGGUGCUAAUGGUGUCCCGACCAGUCCUCAAAUUGCGGGAGACCAACCCUCUUCUCUUCAAUUACGUUGAGGAGCUGGUGGAGAUCCGGAAACUGCGUCAGGACAUCCUGCUCAUGAAGCCGUACUUCAUCACCUGCAAGGAGGCCAUGGAAGCUCGGCUGCUGCUCCAGCUCCAGGAUCGCCAGCACUUUGUGGAGAAUGACGAGAUGUACUCCCUGCAAGACCUGAUGGAUAUCAACGCCGGGCGGCUCAGCUGCUCCCUGACGGAGAUCCACACGCUCUUUGCCAAGCACAUCAAAUUGGACUGUGAGCGGUGCCAAGCAAAGGGCUUUGUGUGUGAGCUCUGCAAGGAGGGAGAUGUGCUCUUCCCCUUUGACAGCCACACCUCAAUGUGCACAGACUGUUCGGCUGUCUUCCACAGGGACUGCUUCUACGACAACUCCACAACAUGCCCCAAAUGCGCUCGACUCAGUCUCAGAAAAGAGUCGUUGCUCAGGGAGCACAAUAUGGAGCUGCAAGCCUAAGUGUCACUUCUCUGAAAUGGAGGGGAUCAUAGCAGAAUCACAGAGUUCCCAGCUUACCUGUGACUUGUCCUUCUUGAAGGAGAGCAGCUCAGACUGGUGAGGAAAGAACCCUGCCAGAGGAGGGUGAGGUGGGAAUGCCAUGCCCAAGCUGGAGAAGGAUGCUGCCCCUCUGCCUCUGGACAGAUGUCAAGAUUCUCCUUGAAUUUCCGAGUCUGAGGGAGUUUAGUCCUGGCUGCAACUGGCAGAGGUGGAAAAGUGGCUGCCAGAGGAGUUUAUGGAAAAUGGUGGCCACCUCCCCUCAGUAACUGGGUAAUAUCAUCCCUGCUUGGCUGGCACAGACUCCAGCUGUUCUGGCUUCCUUACAGACCAUGAUAGUUCAGCGAAGACAAUGGCUGCAGCUGGGCAGGCUGUAGAAAUGGUGGCAUUUGGAAAGUUGUUCCUUUGACCUGGAGGCAUUUGUCUUGGAGAUGGAGAGACUUGGUUUUCCUUCCCCAUCCUCUUAGCCCAAAAUGAUGGCAAUUGCCAGGACUGGAUGUAUCAUAGAAUAGUCUCUGCCAGCCAUGAAGAGACUCUGGGAUUCUUUAUACCACAGUAAUUUAUCACAAGCACUAAAAUCACUUUAAAUAAAGCUAAGCAUAAAUAUUGAA